AUGUUUCAACGAUCAUUCAGAACAACAUACAAACGCACGAUGAUUUGUCUGAGACGAACAUUGGUAAAAGUGACACCAUUAUUGAAAAUAUCCGUUCAAUCAUUAGAAAUAAUAUUGGAUCGUGAAAAUGCAACCUAUUUCGGUGGUGAAUCCAUAACUGGACAUUGUAAAGUUUCAUUGGUCGAUAUAUUAGAUGUGGAUAAGAUUAAGAUAAAAUUUUUUGGCCAAGCUAAAACCUAUUUGGAAACGAAUAAAAGCCGUAAUGCAAUCGAACGUGAAAGAUUAUUUCAACAAUAUUUCUGGCCAAAAGAUCUUUUACCACCGAAUCUGAUUGCUGGUUUUCAUAAAAUUCCAUUCAGUUUCAUUGUACCGGUCAAUAUACCAAGUACUUUUAAAUAUACAUUCGAUAGUCAUAUUAAAUAUAAGAUUAAGGCCAUAUUUGGAUUGACAAUCAAAUAUAUGAAAGUAACGAUUCUAACUAAUCCAAAUAUUUCCAUUAGUAAAUUAUUGAUACCAGUUUGUGCAUCAAAAGAGAAAAAAAUCGGUAUAAUUGGUUCACGUUCAGUUUCAUUACAAUGUCGUUUACCACGAAUUGGAUUUACACUCGGUCAAUUCAUACCGGUUAUGUGUUUGGUUGAAAAUCAUUCGAAUAAAUUGCUAACAUUAAAAGCUAUACUUCAUCAACAAAUUUUCCUAAUGGCAUUAUCGGAACGUAAAGUUUGUUGCCGAAAAGUUCAUAAAAUAAUUGGACCAAAUAUUAAACCAAAUUCAAAAUUUGAACAAAUUGUCAAUGUAUCAUUACCUGAACAAUUACCGAUUGUAUUCGAUACAUGUAAUCUGGUUCAUAUUAAUUAUAUUCUCGAUAUUUAUCUUGAUAUUCCGAUUGCACUUCCAUUUCAAUUCAUCAUACCAAUCAAUGUUCCUAGCACAUUUCAAUAUAAACGAUGGGCUUAUGUUGAAUACCGUAUCAAAGCCAAUGUUGGAGGCAAAUCUAAAGAAUUGGACAUUCAAUUAAUGGGUUUUCCUUCGGUUGCACCAAAUGAACUUUAUGCUCCUAUACAGGAUGAACAAUCCAAAACGGUUGGUCUUUUCAAUGAAAAAUUAACAAUGCGAUGUCAUAUACCUCAAGCUGGAUGGAAAAUUGGUAGUACGAUCCCUAUCACUGUUAAUAUCGAUAAUUAUUCGGAUAAAAUGAUGACAUUAAGCGCCUCGAUCAAACAAGAUAUUCAAAUAUUAGCCCAUAAUCAUCGUGAAACAUUUCGUGAAAAAAUUCUAACAACAUUCGGUCAACAAGUUUCAGCCAAUUUUAUUGGUGGCCAAUAUCAAAUACAGAUUGUUUUGCCAAAAGAAGGAUUACCAAUCAUUCAUAAUAAUUGUCGUACAAUACAGAUAAAUUAUUCUAUUGAAAUCAAACUGGACAUUCCAUUAGCUAUCAAUCUUUAUUGCAAAUUGCCAAUCAUUUUAACUAAUCAACAGUUGGAUCCACAACAACAACAACAGCAACAACCAUUACCUAAUUAUUAUCCACAACCUGGACAGAUGCAACAACCAUUUGGUCAACCACCAGCUGCUAACCCAAAUUUUGUAUAUCCAUCAUUAGAUCCAAACAAUAGUGGUGCACCAUCGGCACCACCGAUUGGUUUCGUUGAGGCACCGCCACCAUAUUCUGAAGAAUUUGGCAACAAUUCACAAACACCAAUAGCUCCUUAUCCAACAUUACCAAUGAAAGGUUAAAUAAAUAAAUUCUAAAUUCA